AUGAGAAGGAGCGAGAAAAAGGAACAGGGAACUGGUAGAUGGUAUGGUCCAAGAAAUAAGGCCCCAGAGCCUUCGCGUCACGUACGAACAAGGGAGAGGAUCGAGAUUAUGAGGGACAGAACCGAAGGUCCGACAGAGCGCAUGCCCCAGGAUCAAGAGACAGGGAGGCAGGCUCAACCCUGUAAACGGGCAAUCCAGUCUGGACUCAGUCUCUUAGAAGCAGCUCAGAGGCGCCUCAAUCAGACUAGAGAAGGACAAGUCCUUAGAGAGGAACAAAGGAACACUAGAAAAGGGAACACCCACGAGGGAGAUAAAAUUGCAGGGAAGAAAACUGCAGAAGAGCGAUCUAGGAGCAGCGAUCGGGCUGGAGGAGGAUGGCACUGA